AUGAAAGAUGUCCAGAAGAAGAAGUUUAUCGAUAUCAGAGACAAAUACGACUCAAAUCCAAUCCCUGUUCCUGCUACUGCCCCCACAAAAGUACAACCUAAACGUCAAACCAGCAGAAGAUCUUCUGACAAAAGCAAGACUGAAGUAAAGCGUGAUCAUCACACUGCAUCUGAUGACUCUGACGCCAGCCAAGUUAAGAAACCUGUACUGAAACGUGUUAAAACAGAAUCACGAUCAUCUCGAGAUGGUCCGCUCUCCAAGGAACAGCUCCUCAGUUUAAAACGCAAUGAUUCUGAUUCGUUCUCUGACGACGGUGAAGAGGAAAGGGCACAUUCUGGGGCGCUUGCUGUUUUAGAGGACACAAAAUCCAGGAAGGAAUCACCAGUUCCCGAGAAAAUCAUCCCUAUAUUUCCCUUUAAAACAAACUGCAGAGCGAACCAAUUUCCUGAGUCCAAAGUACCGUUCAUUGAUUCUCACUGCCAUAUCGACUACUUACUUGUCAGAGAGAAAAACUACGGUUCGUUUGCAUCGUACGUUGAGAGCAAGGAUUUUCCCAAGAAUUUCUCAGGGUGUGUUGCAAAUUUCUGUGACCCUCCAGCAUGGGGUGAGAAUCGUAUGUACGAUGAUAUUCUAAUGGAGGAUGGUGUGUGGGGAGCAUUUGUCUGCAUCCUCACAACGCUAAAAAUGUGGUGUCCCCAAAUAAGAAGAGAUCUGAAAAGACCGCCUCCCAUCGCUACGCUACAAAGUGGAUCAGGGAAUACUGCGUGGAAAAUGCUGGAACAUUUUCCUAACAUGUAUAUCGGUGUUACAGGUCUAGUAACAUUUGGUACUGCGUCAGAUGUCAGAGAGGUUGCCAGGAAAGUACCUCUAGAGCGACUAUUAAUAGAAACAGAUGCACCCUACAUGAAACCUAGCAACGCCAACCUCGUCGAUCAAGAUUCUCCCAGGUCAGCAAGCCCUGCCAUGGGCGUGUGGGUUGCGGCCAAAAUUGCCGAAAUCAGACGGAUUGAACUUGACGAUGUUUUGAUCCAAGUAAGGAAGAAUGUAACUAAUAUGUAUGGCAUUUGAGCAUAGAAAAUCAGGAUAUUGUAUUUUCCUUGAUGGUGGCAGCUUGACGUAUGUUUUUUGUAACGUUGAACGUUUCGAGUUAGGAGCUGAUUUUAAUACUUCUUUAACAAGUUUAAAAUCGUUUAGAUUUUAUCUUUACAUAUGAUAUGGAUUCUGUCAUUUAUUGGUCCAGCGCCUAAUGCUAUUCUUUAUAUCCUUUUCUGUCCAGAUCAUUUGAUUUAUUCAAUUUGUUCUGAAAUGUGCGUUUAAAUAAUUUAACAUUGUAACGAUGAUAA